UAUGAUACACCUGCACGUAUACUACACCAUCGCGAUACGUGUAAAAAAGCCCAUGAUUCAGUUUUCGUCAAACCAUCGUUGCAUUCGCGUCAACAGUUUUAGUAUGCAGCAGUUGUCAUAUUACAAUCGUACCGGCACGAAAUAAUAUUAAGCCGUCGACACGGAUUUAUGAACUACGCGAUGAGCUUUCUAUAUAAAUAUAAAUAAGCGAUAUGAUAUACAACUGUCAAACGUCAUUUGAAGUCCUCUCGCGGGUUCCUUUUUUCCUUUUAACGGCAAUAAUAAUAUAUUUUAAUACACUCGGUGUACGCGAUGCACCGAUAUUCGUGGACGUGUUGCGAUUUCGGCAGCUGUCUUCUAUUCCCGCCGUAUUGAAUUUGAUGGUGGACCGCUGGUGAAAUGUGUGUGGAUAACGUUAUCAGCGACUUCUGCACGUGAUGUCCGACAUCGACCGCGAAGCUACAGUGCCCGAAGAUCAAAACGCUGCCUCUACUGUCGUACUGCCAAACGAUCCUUUGGACUGGACUAACGAUCACGUAGCAGCAUGGUUGAAAUGGUGUAGCAAACAUUUAGAGUUGUGCCCAAUUCCGAAAUCUCACGACUUUCCUAAUACAGGUUAUGAACUUUGUUCAUUAGAUAGGACCGAGUUUGACCGUAGAUCACGGAACAGGCGUUCUGGCAGAUUAUUAUUACUACAUCUGUCAUUACUUCGACAACAUGUCACUGGAACGCCACCUAGUCCCAGCCUCACAACACCAGAAGACGAUCCAUACGAGGUGGUCAACGCUGCUAGCAGUCGACUUGUAGCCCAAGCGGCCGCGGGCUCUGGACAAAUACAAUUGUGGCAGUUUCUGUUGGAGUUACUGGCCGAUUCCAACAACGUCGGGUGUAUUUGCUGGGACGGUCCCGGUGGUGAAUUCAAACUGAUUGAUCCGGACGAGGUGGCCAGACGUUGGGGCGAACGCAAGUCGAAGCCCAAUAUGAACUACGAUAAGCUCAGUAGAGCUCUUAGGUAUUACUACGACAAGAACAUCAUGACCAAAGUUCACGGUAAGCGGUACGCGUACAAGUUCGAUUUUCACGGGCUGAUGACUGCGUGUCACCAAAGCCAGCCGCAGAUGCCGACAUCACAGUCUGGCCUCCAAGCGCCCGCUGGCCCAUCGUCAGCCGUUGUGCCGUCUACUCCGUCACCGUCUGACUUUGCCGGUGGCCUGUAUAGCCAGCAGCACGCUUCCGCUUCCGGCCCGUCGACCGCUAUAUUUCCGACCGGUCCUUCUUACUGGGCCACAUCCGCCGCAGGCCUGUCCACGCUAUACCAACACCCGGCUGGGCCUCGGUAUCCUCCGUAAUUCAAUGCAUCAUAAUAUAUGAUAUUAUAAUAUAAUAAUCUAUAAUAGAGAUGGGUUCUCAAACUAGUCAAACUCUCGAAUACCACAAACUAUUCGAUAUAUUCAUAUUAUAUUAUACAAUACAGAGAUCGUAGGAAAUUAAUACUCGAAAUCUAAUAUUAUAAAUUCGAAUGUUUUGAACAAUUUGAGAAAAAACGAAGUUUCGAUUUCAUGAAAAUUUAAGUUCCACCCAUCGCUAUAUAACAUACACAAAUAGCUGUAUAUACCCGCGCGCUGCAGUGAUAUCACACAUCAUUUUUUCGAAGUGUUAUAUUGAACAAAUGUUAUCGUUUAAACAAUUCAAUAAUAUUAUAUGAUUAUUAUUAUUUAGAGCUGAUUCCAAUACAACGCAUUAUUCGUAAUUUUAUUUCGUAGAAGGUUGAAGCAAAGGAACUUAAACGCAAUAUUAUUUAUUUUUUUUUUUUGUCGUUGUACAUAAAAACAAACCUUAAUACCAUCACAGUACCAUUACAGUACACCUCGCGCCAUUCCUGUCACUACCAUACACACUUACUCGCAAAAGGGUGAACACACAAUUUUUUCCCCUCAAUAUUACGUGACUUUUAUUGAGACUUAAGUAUAUAAAAAAUUAUACUUCAACAAAUAUAACAAAUUAUACGUACCUAUGACUUUGAAAUUUUCAUAAUAUAGUGUCUUAUAUUAUAAAAAGAUAAUCGUAAAUAUUACAAGGAACAUAAAACAUACAUAUUAUACUCUACAACUUACAACUCAAAAAUAUUCAAUAUUCAUAUAACUUGGUUCAAAAUUAAAGAAUUGAAAUAAGCCUAUAACUUACAUGGGACCUAUAGAUAAUAACUCUAAUCUUUACAUUUGAUAAAAAAUUAAUAAUUCUUAAUUUUAUCUAAUAGUAAAAAUAAUUGAACAAAAUGGAUUAUUCUGCAUGUAAAAUUGUAAAAUUUGGUGUGUUAUAUGCUUUAGUUAGACAAUAUGCAUGUAUAACAUCUUCUUUAAAGGUUUAUAUUUUCAUACAUCAAUUUAUAUUAAUAAUACAACCGAGUUCCUAAUAUCUUUCUUCAAUUUUUAAAGGCCAUUGAAGCUCAUUACUGCAACAUAAACCUGCUUCUACCUGUCUCUAUCCUGUGCUACUGUUACUAUUUGGCAGAGAUAGGAAUGAGAUAGAGAUCAUUCCUAUCUAUGUCAAAUUCUUUUUUGUUUUAUUUAUCCACUUUUUUAUGGCCUACCUAGUGGUCUUUUCACACGAGUUUUCCAUUUUAAAACCUCUUUCAUCAGAUUAUUUGACUUUUAUAAGUGGCCAGCUCAUGCGAUUCUUCUAUAAUACAUUCUUUUUUAAUACCCUACUAAUUAUUAAUGAUUUAAUACUUACGAGUACAAAUUAUCUCAUUAAAUUUAUCUAAAAAUUAUUAAAAACCCAUUAAAUUGUAAUACCGUUUUACUUAAAAGUUUAUAUGGUAAAUUUUUAUUUACAAUUUUGUUAUCGAAGUAUGAAAUAAUUUAUUAUUACUUAGAGUUGCUUAUAUUCAUAGUGGGUAGUUGUUACAUAAAUAGUCUAUGGUGAGUUAAGUUGAUUCACAAACUAAAAUCUUGGGUAUGAUACGCUAUACUUGCUUAUAUACAUUUUAUAUUAUAAUGGUACUUGACUUAACUCAACCGUGCCGUAUAGUGACUGCACCUGACCGUUACCCGUAAUUUGCAUAACAAACAGUGUGAUUGAUUUGACGACGAUUGUCAUCCACUGACGAUGAAAUGUUGACCAUAUUGUUAUGCGCAACAAAAGCAGUGUAACUUUUGGACAUGAAUCAAUACUACAAUUAUUAUAUGGUGGUUUAUUGCUUUAAAAAAAAUACACAGUUUGAAAUAAGACACAUUAAUAAUAAAUAUUUUUUUGCAAUGGCUGGUUAUUUAAAAACGUUCAAAUUAUCAAAUUUUUAAAUAAAGAUAUUUAUAUAGUUACUAUAUUAUUUAAAAAAAAUAAAAAUUAAUUAUUAUAAAUAGUUAUACUAAAUUAAAUAGAUAAAUUGUGAUUUUUUUUUUGUGCCUAUAUAAACAAGAUUGUUAGGGGCAUAAAAGAUUAAUUAUGAUAAAUAUGAUAUGAUACUAUUGGGAGUUAUAGCCAUCAUAACACAUAAAUUCCGUUUGAACUAUUUAUGAUAGGUUUGCACAUACAUUUUGAUUUCCUUAUCACUAAGUUACACUAAGCAAAUUUCUUAAUUAAGAUUUUACUACCUAUUAGGUAUGUAAAAUGCUGCAGCGCACGGUCGAUAUUAGAUUAUUAAGUAUAUUAUUAUGUAUCAUACAGUAACAAGUUCCUUUAAGUCGAUAAAAUAUAUUAUAUAUAUAUAAUUUGUAUAAUAAUAUAAAGUGUAAAUAUAUAAAUAUUGUUGUGUUAUUUUUUAA